AUGCAGCAUCAGUGGCCAGAGUGGGCUCUGAAGCUGGACAACCUUGGCUUCACUUCCCGCUUCUGCCACACUUUGGAUAUCACAAGAGGAAGACAAGGCUCUACCAAGGAGAUAGAAGACAACUCUAGACAUUCAGAAUGUCAACGUGGCCAGACAACUGGAUCUGGAAUAAGCAGACGGCAAGGAUCCAGUUACAGUCAGGCCACUGAUAGUGAAGGGCAAUCAGAAGAUUCAGAGAGACAGUCAGAAUAA